AUGGAUUCCAACCCAACUUGUAAUGACAAGGAUAAGGACAAUGACAAGAAGAAGACAGUGCAACAUUCUAUGCUUCUAUGCUGCAAGUUAUACAUAUCCGAAUCACGAAACAAAGAAGCUCUCGAUUUGAUCGAACGAGCAGUUAAGCGCGAUCCAGAAACUGUCAUCGUGAACAAAUUCGAGGAUCGAGAAUAUAAUAGGGUUAGGUACACCCUUGUAUCGUACGUCGCUCAUGAUAGUAUAGGGUGUCCAAUCUACAGCCCUUUGCAUCAAUCUGUGAUGGCCAUGGCUGAAGCUGCUUAUGAAGCCAUAAAUCUCGAGUUGCAUUCCGGGGCUCACCCACGACUUGGUGUAGUGGACGACAUCGUUUUUCAUCCGUUGGGUCGGGCUUCAUUGGAUGAAGCAGCUUGGCUUGCCAAGGCAGUGGCUGCAGAUAUUGGAAAUAGAUUUCAAGUGCCGGUGUAUCUAUAUGGUGCAGCACAUCCAACAGGGAAGGCUUUAGACACCAUCAGGCGUGAACUCGGGUAUUAUCGACCCAAUUUUAUGGGCAACCAGUGGGCUGGAUGGACGCAACCCGAAAUUCUCCCUGAAAGACCUAAUGAAGGACCAAACACGGUGACUCGUGCUAGAGGCAUUGCUAUGAUCGGUGCACGUUCAUGGGUUGCCACCUAUAAUGUUCCCAUCUUGUCGACAGACGUUUCAACAGCUAGACGGAUUGCAUUGAUGGUAAGUGCUCGAGGUGGAGGCCUGCCUACUGUUCAAACACUAGGACUUGUUCAUGGUGAGGACACAACUGAGAUAGCUUGCAUGUUACUCGAACCAAAUCAAAUUGGUGCUGAUCGAGUCCAAAAUCAUGUUCAAAUGCUGGCAGAACAAGAAGGUUUAGAUGUCGAGAAGGGUUAUUUUACUGAUUUUUCACCAGAGAUGAUUGUUGAAAGAUACUUGAAAUUAAUCUCUUCCGGCUCUGCCUGA